AUGUACUCAGACUCCAUACUAGAUAAGAUGAUCUUGCUUCUUACUAUACCGAGAAACAACUCCUCCACCAAGGGUGAACACAUUACCCAAGGUUCCACUUCAUUUCUGCCUUUGCAUCUCCCUCUACCUUUCCUUACAUUUGAUGCAACUGUGUUGCCUGUGCUGACUGGGCUAGUAGUUACAACACUUGUUUGUCUUGCUUCACUGUGGUCAAAGAAGGCAAAACAUGCUGCGUCAACUAAGUGGUUACAUGAUGCUUUCCACCACUUCCUUUGUUGGCACGGGAAAAUUGGUACCAAGGAGGCCUUUGAUUGGGUUUCUAGUGAACCUUUGAUUGUUAGAGCUUCAGCUGUAAUUGGUAGACUCAUGGACGACAUGGUAGGACAUGAGCAUGGGCAAGAGAGAGGAGAUGUAGCAUCAGCUCUGGAGUGUAACAUGAAACAACAUGGAGCCUCAAAACAGGAGUGUUACAUGAAACCACACGGAGCCUCAAAACAAGAGGCAUAUGCUGAGUUUGACAAACAAGUUACAAAUUCAUGGGAGGAUAUAAACCAAGAAUGCCUCCAUCCAACCAUUGUUCCAAUGCCUUUACUUACACAAGUCCUCAAUCUUGCGCGGGUCUUAGAUCUUCUCUACAAGGACAAACAUGGACAGAAUCCAUAG